GCCUUGCUUAGUUUUGUUUCCCUUGACACUCCUAGCCUGUCUGCUCCCUCCCCCCCCUCCACCAUGACUUCCUCCGCUGUCGGUAUCGAUCUUGGCACCACCUACUCCUGCGUUGGUGUCUGGCAGAACGAUCGUGUUGAGAUCAUUGCCAACGACCAGGGUAACCGCACCACCGCCUCGUACGUCGCCUUCACCGACUCCGAGCGUCUCAUCGGUGAUGCCGCCCGCAACCAGGUCGCCAUGAACCCGGAGAACACCGUCUUCGACGCCAAGCGCCUCAUCGGUCGCAAGUUCUCCGACAAGGAGGUCCAGUCCGACAUGAAGCACUGGCCCUUCAAGGUCAUCGACAAGGACACCAAGCCCAUCAUCCAGGUCGAGUUCCGCGGUGAGGUCACCACCUUCACCCCGGAGGAGAUCUCCUCCAUGAUUCUGGUCAAGAUGAAGGAGACCGCCGAGUCCUACCUCGGUCGCGCCGUCACCGACGCCGUCGUCACCGUCCCCGCCUACUUCAACGACGCCCAGCGCCAGGCCACCAAGGAUGCCGGUGCCAUCGCUGGCCUGAACGUCCUGCGUAUCAUCAACGAGCCCACCGCCGCCGCCAUUGCCUACGGUCUCGACAAGAAGGGCGAGGGCGAGAUGAACGUCCUGAUCUUCGAUCUCGGUGGUGGUACCUUCGAUGUGUCCCUCCUGACCAUCGACGACGGUAUCUUCGAGGUCAAGGCCACCGCUGGUGACACUCACCUCGGUGGUGAGGACUUCGACAACCGCCUGGUUGCCCACUUCCUGGAUGAGUUCCGCCGCAAGCACAAGAAGGACCUGUCCGGCAACGCCCGUGCCCUGCGCCGUCUGCGCACCGCCUGCGAGCGUGCCAAGCGCGCCCUCUCUGCCUCUGCCCAGGCCUCCAUCGAGAUUGACUCUCUCUUCGAGGGUGUCGACUUCUACACCAACAUCACCCGUGCCCGCUUCGAGGAGCUCUGCUCGGACCUCUUCCGUGGCACCCUGUCCCCGGUUGAGCGCGUCCUGUCCGACUCCAAGAUGGACAAGUCCAAGGUCGAUGAGAUCGUCCUGGUCGGUGGUUCCACUCGUAUUCCCCGUGUCCAGAAGCUCGUGUCCGACUUCUUCGGCGGCAAGGAGCCCUGCAAGUCCAUCAACCCCGAUGAGGCCGUCGCCUAUGGUGCCGCCGUCCAGGCCGCCAUUCUGACCGGUGUCACCUCCGAGAAGACCAAGGACCUGCUCCUGCUCGAUGUUGUCCCCCUGUCUCUGGGUCUGGAGACCGCCGGUGGCCUGAUGACCACCCUGAUCAAGCGCAACACCACCAUCCCCACCAAGAAGACCGAGGUCUUCUCCACCUACUCCGACAACCAGACCGGUGUCCUGAUCCAGGUGUACGAGGGUGAGCGCUCUCACACCGUCCACAACAACCUCCUCGGCAAGUUCGAGCUCGGCAACAUCCCCCCCGCCCCCCGUGGUGUUCCCCAGAUUGAGGUUUCCUUCGACAUCGACUCCAACGGUAUCCUGAACGUCUCCGCCGUCGACAAGUCCACCGGCCACUCCAACAAGAUCACCAUCACCAACGACAAGGGCCGCCUGUCCAAGGAGGAGAUCGAGCGCAUGAUUGCCGACGCCGAGAAGUACGCCAAGGAGGACGAGAUCGCCCGCGAGCGCGUCCAGGCCAAGAACGACCUCGAGACCUUCGCCUACAACUUCCGCACCACCCUGUCCGACGACAACAUCAAGGGCAAGCUCUCUGCCGAGGAUGUUGCCUCCAUCGAGAAGGCCGUCGACGAGACCAUCGCCUGGCUCGACAACAACCAGGAGGCCGACAAGGAGGAGUACAUCCACAAGCAGAAGGAGCUUGAGGCCAUCACCAACCCCAUCAUGACCCGCCUGUACCAGUCCGCUGGUGGCGCUCCCGGUGGUGCUGGCUUCCCUGGUGGCUUCCCCGGCGCCGGUGCCGCUGGCGGCGACGCCUCCGGCCCCUCCGUCGAGGAGGUCGACUAAGUAGUCGAUCCACGACGCCGCGUGUGAUGCCGUGUGCUCCCCCUCCCCCUCUUCCUCCCCCUCUCCCGCGCGCGCGCGCGCGCACCCCAUGUGCAUGGGGGCUGAUCCCUCGGAUUUCCCCCCUUCUCUCUACCCCCCGAGGCCCAGCGGCGGGGGGGGGGCGGUGGUGGUGGGAGCGGCGCGGAGCGCAGGGUGGUCCGGCCGGGCCCUGGCAAGUGGCCCCCUUCCCCUUCCUCCGAUGCCGCCGCCGCGCCAUGUGCUCACAUUCGGUGUCCUCUCUCUCCCCCUCUCCCUGCACGCAUCUUUCCUGUGUGUGGGGAGGGGCGGCCCCCCCCUCCACUUGUCAACCCCCCUCCUAUCCUUGUAAUAAAUCUUUACAAAAUUUCC